ACUCUACAGAGUGAAGGCGUUGAGAUGAUUUCAGUCUGCAACUCCAACUCCAACUCCAACAAAUCUCUCUCUCUUAACCAAAAAUGUUGAAUGGUUGGGUCCUUGCAGUCGUCUUCAUCACUGUCCUCGUUUCUCUCUGCAAUCCAAGAGGCGUCUCCGACAUCGCUUUCUCUUCCUCCAACCCUCCUUCCUUCUCUUCUCCUUUCGAUUUCUCUGAAACUCAUCGCCUCUUCUCUUUCCUUUCAACUCUCCAAUACGACUUCUACCGACAAUCUUGCCCCCACGCCGAGAAGAUUGUAAGCUCUUCCAUGGCUUUGAUUCACUCACGCCGCCAAGAUGUCUCCGCUUCUCUCCUCAGACUCUUCUUUCACGACUGCUUCAUUCAGGGCUGCGAUGCUUCCAUCCUGUUGGAUCCCACCACAGGUGACGAUACCUAUUCGAGUGAGAAGCAGGCUAUUCCGAAUUUGACCUUGAAGGGUUUCGUUGAGAUAGAUCAAAUAAAGGAGGAGCUUGAAAGGGUUUGUCCACGCGUGGUUUCUUGUGCUGAUAUCCUCUCCCUUGCUACUAGAGAUGCCGUCGUUCUGGCUGGUGGCCCCUUCUAUCCAGUUUUCACUGGCAGACGAGACAGCACAAGGGCAUACUUUGAAGAAGCAAUGGCGGAAUUGCCACGACCCGACGACAACAUCAAUCGCACUCUUUAUCUAUUUGCAGCAAGAGGACUUGACGAAAGAGAUAUGGUCAGUCUUUUAGGAGCGCACAACAUUGGGAAGAUUGGGUGUCAGUUCAUUCUGAAUCGUCUUUAUAACUUCUCCGGAACAAGCCUACCAGAUCCAUCAAUUGACCCCGAGUUCCUGAACCUGAUGAGAUUCAAAUGCCAAGAGAAGGAGCACAACAACACCCAUGUCAGUCAUGAUCAAGUGUCUCCAGCAUCAUCCCCAACCCCAGAGGCAUCAGUAGAGACGUUGAGGAGGUCUACCUUGGGCAUGUCCUACUUUCAAGAACUGUCGCCUUCGCUGUCACUGGAGGGAGGCUUCGACACUCAUUACUACAAGAGCUUGUUGAGUGGAAGAGGACUGUUGUAUGCUGAUCAGCAACUAAUGGCCGAUGAGAACACUGGAAGACUGGUAAAGGGGUAUGCUUCUGAUGACGGCUCUACCUUUCGCAUGGACUUUGCAAGGGCUAUGGUGAAGCUAUCGGUUCUUGAUGUUCUAACUGGUUCUCAAGGUCAAAUCCGUGAAAGGUGCGGGUUCUAAUCUACAAGAGCUUAUUUUGUUUGAGACGUUCUAGUGUCAUUGCUCUGUUCUGAUUCUUGAACAAAGCUAGAUAUCUUUUACAACUCGUAUAGAAGUCGGUUGAUGUUAAUAUCAGGAAUGUAUAUAAUACAAAUUUCUCACCUACGGAACCAAUAAUAACCAUGUUCUUCCUGCCUAACAUAUGGCGCCUAUAUAU